AUGGUGCUCUUAGGCGACGGUGCUUGCGGAAAGACCUCGGCUUUGAACGUGUUUACAAGAGGAUACUUUCCGACAGUCUAUGAGCCUACUGUUUUUGAAAACUACGUACACGAUAUCUUCGUCGAUAAUGUGCACAUGGAGCUGUCGCUCUGGGAUACGGCGGGUCAGGAAGAAUUCGACCGAUUGCGCGCUCUCUCCUAUGAAGACACCCACGUUAUAAUGCUCUGUUUCAGCGUCGACAGCCCCGACUCCUUCGAAAACGUGGCCAGUAAAUGGGUCGACGAGAUCUCGGAAAACUGCCCCGGCGUCAAGAUGGUCCUCACAGCCCUCAAGUGCGACUUGAGAAAAGACGAGUUCCUCAACGACAAUCCCAACGUCAUCACCUACGAGCAAGGGCUAGCCAAGGCGAAGGAAAUCGGCGCCGUCAAAUACCUGGAAUGCUCGGCCGUUCAGAAUCGCGGUAUCAUGGAGACGUUCUACGAAGCCGCCAAGGUCGCCCUUGACGUCAAGGGCCCCGGAUCCAAUGGCUCCAAGGAGCGUUGUGUCAUCCUGUAG